AUGGUGCGAUUGGAACUCGGUGCGGCCGUUUUGGCUGCUGUUCUCAACAUUGGGACUGUCUCUGCAUCAGACAAUGGCCUCGCCAUCACUCCCCAAAUGGGAUGGAACACCUGGAGCUCCUUUGGCUGCGAUCUUGACGCCAGUGUCAUCAUGGACACGGCCCGACAGAUCGUCAAGUACGGCUUCAAGGACAUUGGCUACGAAUAUAUCAUCCUCGACGACUGCUGGUCCGAUGGCCGUAAUUCCACGGGCUACUUACAGCCUAACAUGACCAAGUUCCCCGACGGCAUCAAAGGCCUCGCAGACCAGAUCCACGACCUGGGCAUGAAGAUUGGCAUCUACUCCAGCGCCGGCACCCUAACCUGCGCGCGCUACGCCGGCUCUCUUGGAUACGAGGACAAGGACGCCGCUGUUUGGGCCGAAUGGGGCAUCGACUACCUCAAGUACGACAACUGCUUCAACGAGGGCCAGGAAGGCACCGAGAAGCUGUCUUUUGACCGCUACAACGCCAUGAGCAUGGCCCUCAACAAGACUGGCCGGCCCAUACUGUACAGCAUGUGCAACUGGGGCGUUGACGGGCCGUGGCUCUUUGGUCCUACCAUUGCCAACUCAUGGCGUAUCGCUGGCGACCUGAUAGACACCUUUGACCGGGACGACCCGCAGUGCCCCUGCGUCGAGAAGGAGGGCCUGGACUGCAAGGUUCCUGGCUUUUACUGCUCCUUGAUGAACGUCCUGAACAAGGUCGUUUACUUCCCCUCCAAGGCCUUCCCCGGGGCUUGGAAUGAUUUGGAUCUCCUCCAGGUUGGUAAUGGUGCAAUGACGGACGAGGAGUACAUCACGCACUUCUCCCUUUGGGCUGCCAUGAAGUCGCCCAUGAUCAUGACCAACGUCUUCGCCAAGAUUGACACCCGUACGCUAUCCAUCCUGCAGAACACGGCUGUGCUAGCCGUCUCGCAGGAUUCGGCCGGCUCAUCCGCGACCCGUCGCUGGCGCUACUUCGUCGACGACACCGACGUCUUCGGCCAGGGCGAGAUCCAGCUCUUCACGGGCCCUCUAUCAGGUGGCGACCAGCUGGUGCUGUUCCUUAACGCGGGCGCGAAGGAUCGCGAGAUGAACGCCACGCUCAAGGAGAUCUUCUGGGAGAGCGGCGUGGGUGGCACGGCGCCGCAGAUCCAGGAGGCGUGGGACAUUUACGACCUGUGGGGGGACCGCAUGUCGAACGCCAGGGCUGCGGGCAUCAUUGCCGGCAACGCUACAAUCCCGUUUAACAUGACUGCUCACGGUGGCUCGCCCAGAGAGGUCUACGCGCAGACGCCGCCGUCGAAUAGCACAGCGCUGAUGGGCACCCAUAUCGGAGCCGUGAAACCUGGCGGUAAGGUCACGGUGCAUGCCAAGGCCCACGGCGUGGUGAUGCUGCGCUUGAGGCAGCAGGUUGACGGGAAAAAAGACGAGCUCUAA